AUGAUCUCAGUAUUCGCACUCGUUACGAUACUCGCUCCUUUGCUCGCCCAAGCUGCUGUGCCGCUCUAUGGUCAAUGCGGCGGGAGUGAAAAGACAUGUGUGUCUGGUGCGACGUGCGUGUACUCGAACGAGUGGUACUCUCAAUGUCUCCCCGGUGCCGCGACCUCGACAAAGACGACGUCAACGACAAGGGGAAGUACAUCCACGCCCACUACACCAACGACACCCACGGGUAUCACUACGAAGCUACCGGCGUCCUCUGGCUACGUGGCAUUGCCGACCGCGUCUGUCAUUUCCGGAUCGUUUGACGGAGGAAUGAAGCGAUAUGACCGCGCAGGCUCAUCUGGAGGAUGCCAAGGACAGACAGAGACGGGCGAAUCGGACGCUGUGUUCAUUCUCCAGCCAGGUGCGACCAUUUCGAACGUGAUCAUUGGCGCAAAUCAAGCCGAAGGCAUCCACUGCCGAGGAACAUGUCGACUUGUUAAUAUUUGGUGGCAAGACGUGUGCGAGGACGCAGCAACGUUUAAGCAAACUGGGUCGGGAGACGUCUCCUACGUUAUUGGCGGCGGUGCCUUCCACGCAAGUGACAAGAUUUUCCAACACAACGGAGCCGGAACAGUCUCCAUUUCAAACUUUUACGCUUCCGACUUUGGCAAACUAUAUCGUGCAUGCGGAAACUGUGCGCAGUCCUACCGACGUAACGUCAUUGUUAACAAUGCAAGGCUCGAGAGUGGGUCUAGUGGCGUUGGGAUAAAUACAAACUUCGGAGACACGGCCAGACUCACUAAUGUCUGCUCAACUGGAAAGCCAUCUGUCGCAAAUAUGUGCUGCAAGUAUCAAGGCACGACACCAGGAAAUGAGCCAACAAAAAUUGGAUGCGGCGCUGACUCCUCUUCCUGCAUCUACUCCAACGUCGGAAGCUGCUAA